AUGGAUGAUUUGUUCAUAGAGCUAAAUAAUGACUGCAAUGCUGUUGGAUCAGCAACUUGGGAUUUCAAUGGUCAUCAUGUUGCUGCAUCAAUAUAUGGUCCAGAUGAAUCAUCAAUUCAGAAAUCUUUAACCCAUCGAGCCUAUGUUGAUGUCAUUGUCACCCCCCAGUUUGGAAUGCACACUCCUAGGGAAAGUGAGCUUGAGGUUUUUUUAGUUCAACUGGCGUCCAGGCUUAUUGAUGUGAAAGCAUUUCCUAGAUCUAAGUUUACUAUUCGUAUUACUAUCGUUGCUGGUGACUCCUUGCAUCCUUACACAGUUAGCUCGGCUUGCAAUGCAAUUUCCUUGGCACUCAUGCAAUCCGGCGUUUCUAUGCGCGCUAGCAUCGCAGCUGUAAAUGCUCGUUUCACAUCAAAUGGUAUAUCCCCUUCAUCUACUUCAAAUGACAAAGACAUUGGAAAUGUUGGAAUGCUGAUAACCCUCUGUAUGGACAUAACUUCUAUUUCUGCUCAUUUGACUUCUUCGAGGGCUAGUCUCCUAUCACAGGAUGACAGCAUUCUCAAGAGUGACGAUAAUUUGUCAACUGGCUUUGGCGUAUUUGCCAUGUUCUUCGGUCAAGAGUAUGCAAUGGGUUCCAGUAAUAAAAAUAUCAAUACUGAUUCCUUCAGGAGCAUUCCGCAUUCUCACAAUAAAGAAAGUCCGGUUUCUCCAGAACACCUUUCUGCUCUCUUUAGGUUUAGCUCUGAUUUUUUCGAUUCAUCUCGAGACGAAAAUGUACCUCAAGUUUCUCGUGAUGGCUUACUUUCAUUACACAAAAAGGCCUACGAAAUUGCAAAUAUUAUGAUCAUUCAGCUAAUAUCUGCUUCUUCAUUAACCUAA